AUGGACUUCAAUCACCACCUCUCUGACCUUUCCACUUCCACCCAAUCCUUUCCCUCCGACGACGACUUCCGCUUCCACUACAACUUCCCCGAAUUCCGACACCUCAUUGAAGAAAUCGCCAGAAAAUCCCAAUCAAUGUUAAACCAAAUCGGUUCCUCAGAGAAUAUCUGGGGUCUAGGUUCCUCUUUCCCCGCUGACAUCGAUGAUGCUUACGAAUGGAUUGUUAAUGCACACGACGACGCUUUGGAGCUUGUUGACGAGAUUGUUGAUGAAUUUCAUAGGGUUCUGAAGGAGCAGGAUAUGGAAGAAGGGGAAGACGGGUUUUUCAAGAUGAAGGAUGGUAAGAAAUGUGUUGGUUUUUUCGGUGCUAAUGGAAAGAAACCGAAAGUGUCGUUUCAUGUGCACACUCUUAGGAAGCCUCAGUAUCAUUAUAACCUUGCGGUUGAUAACUCUAAUCAACCGUUUCAACAUGUUUGGUUGGAAAAGAGUGAAGAUGGUCAGAGGUUUAUACAUCCGCUGGAAAAACUCUCUGUUUUUGAUUUUGUCGAUGAAGAUAAUAUUGAGAGUCUUGUACCAGUAAUGCCUCCCCCACUGGAAUGCACACCUUUCAAGCUUAUAGAGGAUGUUAAAGGAUUGAAGGAGUUGGCUGAUAAGCUGAGCUCUGUUGAUGAAUUUGCGGUGGAUUUGGAACAUAAUCAAUAUCGGUCUUUUCAAGGUUUGACUUGUUUGAUGCAAAUAUCAACCCGGACUGAAGAUUUUAUUGUGGAUACUUUGAAGCUCCGUGAUCAUGUUGGAACACAUCUGAGGGAAUUUUUUAUGGACCCUACCAAGAAAAAGAUAUUGCAUGGAGCAGAUCGAGACAUUGUGUGGCUGCAAAGGGAUUUUGGCAUUUAUGUCUGUAAUCUGUUUGACACUGGCCAGGCUUCUAGAGUGUUAAAAUUGGAGAGAUAUAGUUUGCAACAUCUUUUGCAACUCUAUUGUGGGGUUACUGCAAACAAAGAGUACCAGAAUGCAGACUGGAGAGCACGCCCUCUUCCUGAUGUGAUGAUAAAAUAUGGAAGAGAAGAUACACACUACCUGCUUUAUAUAUAUGAUGUAAUGAGGAUCAAGCUAUUUGAACUCUCUAAGGAGUCGGAAAGUUCCGAUGAUCCUCUGUUGGAGGUUUACGAGCGGAGCUAUAAUGUCUGCAUGAAGCUGUACGAGAAAGAGCUUUUAACAGAAGACUCCUACCUUAAUCUAAAAGGGUUGCGAGGGGCUGGUUUUAAUGGUCAGCAGCUUGCUGUUGUUUCAGGGCUUUUUGAAUGGCGUGAUGUUCUUGCUCGGUCAGAAGAUGAAAGUACUGGGUUUAUAUUGCCAAAUAAAGUUAUUCUUGAAAUUGCUAAGCAGAUGCCUGUCACUACAAGUAAUCUACGGCGAUUGGUAGCGGAGAGGUCAAGGCUCCCAUAUGUUGAGCGCAAUCAUGAUAUUAUUAUUAACAUUGUCAGACAUUCUAUGCAAAAGGCUGCUGCCUUUGAAGAAGCUGCACUUCGUUUAAAAGAAGAACAUGCUGCCUUUGAAGAAGCUGCUGCGCUUCGUUUAAAAGAACAAAAUGCUGCUAGUGAAAAUGGAGCAAUUGUUCAGGUGCUAAAAAUGCCAACGGGUGCUUGUGAUGCAACACCGCAGGGCCAUUCAGCUUCAGAAGGGAAUGGUUUUCCUGACAAAAAGGGCAAGAAAAAGAUCAAGGUAGAACAGAUUGUAGCAUCAGAGACAUCAGAUCUGAAGAAACCUCUUUCAGCUAAAGUUUCCACAUCUACCCUGGAUGCAAACAUACUAUUAGACUUGGAUUCAGACUCGGAUGAUAUGGUGUAA